AUGGCACCAACAACUACACCAGAAGAACUAGCUGCUAGGCGGAAGGCGUUAAUCAAUGAACGUGGAAUGUUAAAAGGAAGAAUGACUAAAUUCUACAAGUAUUUGGUAGAUUCAAAUGUUUACGCAUCGAUUCCAUACGUCGACAAGAACUUCAACAUAAUCCAAUGUGAAUUGGAAAACAUGCCAGCAAUUCUGCGUGAGUUACAAACCCUAGAACCCAACGUCGAUCACGCUGACAUUCAUGAAGAGAUAGAUGACCAGUUUGAAGCGAUUCGAGUCCUUGUGGAGAAAUUUAAGUCGCCAGGACGCACUGCACAUCCUGACGCAAUACCAGAGAACAGACACCUCAGAGACCACAGGUCGCCGUCAGUCACGUCACGUUCAUGUUCGUUUGAUUUUUUGAAGACGAUACCAAAACUCGAGGCCAAGAAGUUCGAUGGAAAAUUAUCCAAUUGGAGAGGUUAUAGAGACUGGUUUUUGGUUACGAUACACAGAAAUGAUAAUCUCUCUGAUUCUCAACGGUUAGAUUAUCUAAAUCGGACCUGUGAAGGUGAGGCUGCCGAUACUAUUAAGGCAUUCGCAAUCACUGAUGAAAAUUACGCUGUUGCUUGGUCCCUACUAGAGAAUACCUAUGAUAUUCAGUAUGCUUUAGUUCUAAAUCAUUAUGAUCAACUGAUGGAGACUCCAGUCAUGAAGAGAAAUACACCUGAGGAGAUGAAAAAAUUAACCAACAGCAUUCAAAGCCAGGUCCUAGCAUUAAAGGCUCUGGGAGAGAACGUAGAACAAUGGAACACCCCAUUAGUACACAUCAUCUUGAGACGAUUAGACAAGGAGACCAGCAGGGAGUGGAAUAGAAAAAUGCAAGGGAGAGAGAUGCCCAAAUAUGAGGCUCUCUUGACAUUUUUGAGAGAAGAAGCCACCAGGACAAUUUCUGUUAAUCCUCUCAGUGCCUCUUCCACAUCCCCCAGCUCAUCAAUGAAUGUAAAACCCAAACACGCUAGAGACAAUAAAAAUCGUACCCAAACUCUAUUAACGAACGCUACUAGCAACAGUUGCCCUCAUUGCAAGGGUCAACACACUUUCGCUACCUGCGAGAAGGUACUCGCUCUCCCCCCUCUGGACAGGAUUCAGGCCGCCCGUACUGCCCAACUGUGUCUUAACUGUUUCCAGAAGAGUCAUAAAACUAGGGUGUGCAAGGCGUCUACCUGCUCCACGUGCCAGAAAAAACAUCACAAUAUUCUACAUUUAAAUGAAGAGGAAACAAAAAUGAUGAGAGCUGCACAUCAAUCAAAAACUAUCGCCAUGGUGGCCACUUUGCCAUCUCGAGAAUGCAUAAUUACUGCUGUGGUGAAUAUCAUGGACUCUCAACAGAAGCCGAUCCAAUGUCGAGCUAUUUUAGAUACUGCUGCUGGCUCAAACUUUAUGACAGAAGCACUAGCCAAUAAAUUGAGGCUCUCACGCGAAAAACUCGCAAUGAGAAUCGAAGGAUUGAACGACGCGACUACCGCAGCAAACUCUCUCGUGAGCACCACAAUUCAAUCAAGAUUCACCUCUUUUACCAAAUCCUUGAAUUUCCUGACAGUAAAGAAUAUUGGAGGAUUGUUUCCAAUGGAACCAGUGGACAGGACUAAUUUGCAAAUCCCUCGAAACAUUAGGUUGGCCGAUCCACUAUUUGAUCGUCCAGCUCCAGUCGACAUUUUGAUAAGCGUUGGAACUACUUUAUCCAUGCUUUGUCAAGGCCAGAUACGAUUGAAUGAUCCAAAAGAUCCAGAUGUAAUACUUCAACAAACCCAAUUAGGAUGGAUUCUAGGUGGAAAUCCACUGGACAAACCAUCACACAAUAAAUCUCCUGCAGUACAGUGCAACCUUCUUGCAGAGUCUCAAUUUGAUGUUCAAAAAUUCUGGGAAAUAGAAGAAAUUCCCAGUGAACGCCACUUGUCCAAAGAAGAGCAACUCUGUGAAGCACAUUUUCAAGAAAAUAUCACUCAUGACAGCACUGGAAGAUACGUUGUUGCCUUGCCUUUCAAUGAGAAAAGAGCAGCUUUAUGCAACACUAAAUCAAUUGCGGAAUCACGGUUGAGAAGCCUGCAGAGAAAAUUCGGAAGAAACCCCGAGUUGGGACAGCAAUAUAAAGCGGUCCUGCAAGAGUACAUCGACCUAGGACACCUGUCCGAAGUUGAGGACGACCCAAAGGCUCGAGACGGUUUCUACCUGCCACGCCACGCGGUCAUCAAGACUGCAAGCCUGACUACUAAGUUGAACACAGUUACAUUCGGACUUGCAUCUGCCCCUUAUUUAGUGAUACGUUGUCUAUCUCAACUGGCAGAGGAUGAAGGCAAGGAUUAUCCCGAAGCAGCUCUUCGCAUCAAGAGAGAUCUUUAUGUUGACGAUCUUCUCACUGGAGCUGAUUCAUUAGAAGAAGCCUUAAAAUUACGUGAUGAUAUUACGACUGUCUUAAAGAGAGGUGGCUUGAAUAUACGACAAUGGGCGUCUAAUCACCCUCAAUUACUCGAAAAUCUACCUGAAGGCAGCGUGAACCUGCAGUUGGAACCUGACAAGGAUGCCACUAUUAAGGCCCUAGGGGUACACUGGGACUCUCAGCAGGACACCAUUGUAUAUACAGUGAAACCAGUCAUGAAGACGGUUAAACUCACCAAAAGGAGUAUUUUAUCAGAUCUAGCAAAAAUUUUCGAUCCACUUGGCCUCCUGGGUCCAAUUAUCAUCAGAGGAAAAAUAAUUAUGCAAAAUUUAUGGAAGGAACGGAUUGAUUGGGAUGAUCCUGUGCCAUUAAGUAUUCAAACAGAAUGGAAAUCAUAUACUGAUGAAUUAAUGCAACUGAAAGAUGAAUCUUUUGAUCGUAAAAUAAUUAUUUCCAAUGCAAAAGAAAUUCAGUUACAUGGGUUUUGCGAUGCAAGCGAAAAGGCGUACGGUGCUUGCAUUUAUCUCAAAACCAUUGAUGAUCAAGGGAAUUCCCAGACAAGCCUCCUCUGUGCUAAAUCCAGAGUAGCUCCAAUCAAACAAGAAUACAGCAAAAAGCAAAGGAAGCUGAAUGGCGACACGUCAGAACAGAUCAAAAUCCAGCAGAUCAUAUCUCACGAGGACAGAUGCCUCGCGAAUUCAGCGAGAAUCUCCAAUGGAAACAUGGACCACACUGGCUCAAUGAAGAAGAAUCUAAGUGGCCCCUUAGUGAGCUCAAAAUCCCUGCUGAGAUACCAGAGAUGA